AUGUUAGAUACCCAAGAUAAUGAUUCUGUGAAGAGUGAAAUCAUAGUAAAAUUUUUGGAAAACCAUUUCGUACCUAGUAAUGAUGAAAAGGAAGUUCCUAGAAAGAAAUCGAAAUUACAGGAAUCAAUUAAACAGGUUGUUAGUAGCUCAGUUAAAGAAAGCCGUAGAGAAGUGAUAAAAAAGACCUUAAGCUAUAAUCUACCUAAAGGUUUGACUGAGUACCUCUGUCUAUAUGAGGAUGUUAGAUUUACUCAAAAGAAAACACCUAACAAGGGACUGGAAAGAACCAACAGCCCAAUGUUGAUUACUCUAAAGAAAUACCCUAUUGAUGAAAUCACCAAAUGUUACUGGGCAACCGCAAAGGAUGAAGAAUUAGUUGAUUAUUACUACGAGGACAAUUAUACGUGGAUUAAUAAAAAAUCAACAAGUAAUUUUACUUGGAAUACUUUCAACCUAAUAGAUGAUACUCCAAUAGAAUUAUGGGAAAGUGACAGCAUUAGCGAAAACUUAUUGCUGGACUUCACUGAUGAAAAUGAAGGAAACACAAUACUGUUUCCAACAGAUCUAAAUAAUUUCUCUUGGUGGUUAAAACUAUUAGAAAGACCAUCUGAACAUUAUUAUAGAGAAUUCAACAAUUUUUCAGAUACUUAUCUCUGUAAUUCUAUUUGGUGGAAGACUGCCAAUCCAAUUAGAUACCUUUAA